UGGCUCCUUAUCACCUCGAUAAAAGCAGCGUGUGUUUGUGCAGAGCUCUGGCUGCUCCAGAGCUCACGGCUGCCUCUUCUCCCCCUCUGCUGGUGCCUCACCUCAGGACAGGGAAAGGCAGCGACACAAACUGGCCCCAGGGAAGAGGGGGAAUAUCCCUGGAACAAGAAGUCCCCGGGAUAAAUGGGCCUCCAGAAUGCCAAGCCCUCAACGAAGGGGGCCAACAUCGUGAUGCUGGGGCUGGACUCCGCGGGGAAAUCCACGCUGCUCUACAAGUUCAGGUAUAAAGAUGCUUUUAUAACAAUGCCAACGAUUGGCUUCAAUGUGGAUAUGAUUGAAGCAGGGAAAGAUUUCACGCUGACGUUUUGGGAUGUUGGAGGACAGAAGAAAAUGAGAGAGGUCUGGAGCAAUUUCCUGGAAGACGCCGGCGGGCUGCUGUACGUGGUGGACAGCUCUGACAAGCGGCGGCUGGAGGAGUCCAGGAGGGAAUUUGAGCUCAUUUUAAAGAAUGAAUCCAUAAAAAACAUCCCUGUGGUCGUGCUGGCGAACAAGCAGGACUUGCCUGGAGCUCUGAACGCCGAGGAGAUCACCAGGAAGCUGAAGAUGAAGAAGUACUGCAGUGACAGGAACUGGUACGUGCAGCCCUGCUGUGCCAUCACGGGAGAGGGGCUGGCAGAAGCUCUCCAGAGGGUGGCCACAUUUGCCAGGCAGUACAAGAAGUCAAAGGAGACUUUCAUCGCCCUGAAGGAACUCAACUCCUUUUAAGGAUUUCUAUCAUCCACUUCUGGUGACUCUUAACAUACUUUGUUGGACAGAUUAAAUCUGGAAAUACUGGAUUCUGAAGAACUUUUAUACAUAAAUAUUUAUAAAGGACUUUGACAAUAUUAAAUUCUACAGUUAUACCUGAUAUACUUGAUGGGAUAUCUCAUACCUGAGAUAGGACUCUGUAGCAUUUUAUUAUUAUUUUUUUAUUUACUUGGGGUUAUUCAAGUUGAAUGAUGACAAAGGGGCAGUCACGCACAUGGAAACAAAAUAGGUGAGCAGUGUUUAAGUGGCUUAAAUCAAAUGAAGAUUCAAAUCAAUUUUUUUCAAGAUGUAAACCAGCCAAGCCAUUUGGUCAGCAGUGAUCAAAUGCUGUUUUGUAAUAAAUGGAAUAGAUGUGUUUCUUAUUUGAAAAUAGAGUGGGGUGAGAGCUACAGCUCCAGUUAUGUAGAAGAGAAUUUGGCUGUUUCUGCAUUCCAGAAACAGUUCCUGCAGGGAGGUGGUGAUGAGCAGGACGAGCUCCUCACCCAGCCCCGGGCAGAGCCUGGCUCCAGUGCUGUCCCCAAGGAGCAGCUGUGGCCUCCCAUUGUCCCAGAGAUGCACGUGCUCCCCUUGUCCCUGCACUGCUGCAUGCCCUCCUCGCAGGAGAUCAGCCAGGGAAGAGCUGCAUCCCCUUGGUUUUGUGGUGACUUCCCAGUCCUGGCCUCUGGAAAAGUCGCAGCAGGGGUCCUCUUGUGCUCCCGUUUUUUUGUUUCAGGAUUACACCAAGGAAGUAGGUGGGAAGUAGGAAGUUUACAUUUCAUUCUUAGUAAUAAACAGACAGGAAUGUCAAGUUAUAAAAGGGUGAAGCAGCAAUAAAAUCACCCAGACAUACCUUGUUGUCUCAUGCACAGGUUAUUCAAAGUCAAAAAACAUCAGGUGGGUUUGCUGAAACAGUAAACAAAAGGAAGUUUCGCAAUAGUAGCUGUUAUUAAUACUGAGACUAAUUAAUUACCAGGAGCUAAAUCCUGAGUCAUGCUGAGAUUCUUGCUAAAAAAAUGAGCAAAUGUCUGGAUUUCUCAUUGCCCGCUCUGGUGAUUUGGGCUCAAUAGAAAAUAUCAUCUUCUGUCCCUAAAAAUAUCUUUAAAAGUCAUUCAUGUUGGUUUUCCAAGCCAAACAAUUCAAUGUUUAAAAAGUGAUAUUUCAUAUUGAUACAUUUAUAAAUGUUUGCAUGUGUAUAAGGUGAAUUCUCUUAUUCUAAUCAUGUGUCUGUUAUAAAGCAGAAUGUACUUCUGUGGGCUCAGGACUUCCUCAGGGAGAAACACUCCUGGGAGAUUUAAUGAGGGUGCACCAAGGUCUCAAAUUAGCCAAGAAGCAAGUUCUGAAGGGAGAAAUAAAGUCGUAAAAUAGACCAGCUCAUACAGCUAAAAAUGAGAAUAAGGUCUCAGGCACACAGGCCCUUCUGCAGGUUAUCAAAUUACGUUAAAUGACACUCACAUCAACUUGAAAAAAUGUUCUACAUUAUGCGUCAAAGGAAAGGAAGAAACUCAAUUCCAUUCACUUCACAGAAUAUCAAGCAUUUAAAAAUUGCAUUUUCCAAGAGCUUGGUUUCCCAGAGAAGUGAAGACAGGCCUAUUACAUCUGCCCAAGGAGACCCCAACCUUUUGGAAUCAUUUUAAAGCUUUAAAAGAAAUAUCAGUCAGGCUGGCUUGGAGGUGCAGGUGGAGGAAUUAGAUGCCUGAAAGUUUAAUUAAAAACCUCAGUGAGACAGGGAAAAGUGACCAGCCCUUAAAGGCAAGGCUGCUAAGGCACAAAAAGCUGAUCCCCACGGAGACAAACGUUCCACUGACAAGGGACAUCAAUCCAGAGCCAGGGCUUCUUGGGUUCCUCUGCUCCGGGAGCUGCCGGGGCUUUUCCAUCGUGCUUGGAUCAGCAGAGCACUCGGGGCUCCCUCAGGAUGGGACAGAGAUGGAGUGCACUGCUCCAAACCUGGAGCAAAAACCUUCCCGGCACUCAGCACUUCUUGGGAAUGUGUUGGGAAGGGGAACUGGGGCUCAGCUCUGAGCACAGGCUCACCCCAGCGCGCUGUGUGCUCCCAAGGGAAGCCCAGGAACUGUUGGAUAUCUGAUCCCAUCACGUGUUCCGUGGUGAAAUCAAUACCCAGGGACUUCCAAAGGUUCCAAAGUUUCCAGCUCCAUCCCUCUUGGGGAGUUUGAACUGCCUGGCUGAACACAAUGAGCAGAAUUGUCUUGGUGUUUCAGGAAUUCUGCCGGUGCUGAAAUCCAACCAGCAGCACCAGGAUAAUUUAUUCCUGCAUAAGUUUGGCUUAUUUUAUUAUUUAGAAUUUUUACAGAUCACUCACUACAAAAAUUUUAAGAUUUUUGAAGGGUUUGGGAUACUUUGAGCUGGUAAGAGAUCAGAAUCUGUAGAGCCGUGAGGGAGUGGAGCUGAAAGAUGGGAUGAAAGUCCUUGAAGAGUUGGGGUCAGAUGUUUAUUGGGGUCAGCUGUUUAUUUUGCUUCAAAUAUGGGAAUUUUUUCAUCCAUUCACCCUGCUGUUUUGUAUUUUUAAUUGCUGCCUUCUGGCAGUCUCAUGCAGGUGUUCUGUAACUGAGGGGCUCAAUUCCUUCAGCGUCUGCUCCCAUUCCUUGAAGAGUUUGCUGUCUCUGUUCCUUUGUGCUGACAGAAAAGUCAAUGUGACAAAAUGAGUGGGACACACAAAGAGAAGGAUCUGAACCCCAGGGCCUGCAGGACCCUGUGCCCUCAGGGAGAUGUGUUUGGAUGGCACCAUUUAAAGCUGACAGACCCAGAGGAUGUCAUUCCUUGAGAAGAUCCCUGUGGUUUGAAGUCACGCUGAGAUUUCUGAGUUUAGGAAUAACACAUGGAGCUCAUUGAGCAUGGGUCCAGUGGGGUGAAAUGGGGAUGAAAUGCCAUUUUAAGGGAAGGUCUGGAGGAGCAGAAUAAUUUGGAUAUCAGCACUCCCUCCUGCUUUGGCUGGGAGACAACAGUCCAAUAAUUUAGAACCCAGGAGAAGUGUGGUGUCUAAGGAAUGCAGGACAAGGCUUCUCCAGAUAACUGCUGUUACUCAAAAUGUCUCUGUGCCAUCUCAUUUCGGACAAUAACUGAACCAAAGCAAAGACAAACAAGUGUCAAACAAGUUCUGAGUGCUGCAAAGGAGACAGCACCACUUUGAAGUGCUGUGUGCACAUUAAACAGGUUUUUUCCCCAAGCCAUGCUGACUUCUGUGCUGCUCCAAUUAGGCUUCCUCCACGUUAAUUAGCUCAGGUAUCCUGUUUGGAUCCUGGACAUCCAUCUCCUCAGAUCCCACAGCCCGGAUUGGCCAGCUGGCUGUAAUUUGGGAUGUAAAUUCUGGAGGGUGGGGGCCCUCAGCACACCCCACACUGCAGGGACCAUUUGCACAUGGAAAUUCGUGGACAGUAACGAGCCCAGACACAUUCUGAAGGCAGGGGAUUUUAGCAAACUGAGCAUUCCUUGUGCUUCAGCUUCUCCAACAUUCCGUUCCACAGCUGUGCUCGGUGUUCCUGCUCAUCCCUGAUGUGUUUGUGGCACUUGGACUGACACAUGUCCCCUCAGCCCUGUCACCCUCCCUGUCUGUGCCCAGCAGAGCUUUCUCCCUGUCCUCGUCCUUCCCCAGGAGUCCCAAGGGCAGUGCAGCUCCCAUGGUCUCCUUAGCAGAUUUCCCCUGGGUUUUUGGGUUUGCUCUCAGCCACUCCUGGGCUUGGAGUGACCUACAGACAUUUACAGACAUUUAUAGACAUUUACAGACAUUUACAGACAUUUACAGCCCCAUUUCUUUGUUUUCUGCCAGGUCCUUCCUCAAAGCUCUCCUUUCCCACGAGGUAUGCAAACCUCCUGACAAUGCUUUAUGAGCCGUGGCUUUUGACGAAUAAUUUUUAUUAUUUCCUUGUUCUCCCCAUACUGAUUCAUCUGCCCCCUUUUAGUCUUACAGGGUGCUUUCAUUGGUGCAAAGAUCAUCUUUUUGUUCUGGGUUUUUACUUUUGUUUUAACCUUCUGUUGACUUGUUUUUACUUUGUUUUACCCUUUUUAUUUGCCUGGCCAAUUAGAAGUUUCUAGGCCUUGUAUUACCCUGAUUCUGGCAAAAUACCUGGAAAAAAAUAAGUAAUUUUGUGAAUUUAAUAACCCACCUGCCUCUGAAACCUGAGCCAUACAUAUUGUUUGUUUUCAGCAAUUAUAGCUGGGAACAGCAGCAAGGAUUUUAUCGAUCCAGACAAAGGCCAAUCUCCUCUGAAAUUCUGCUUGGCUGUUAAAGGGUAACUGUGCCUUAAUCAAUAGUUUUCAGUUACUUUAUCUAAAGUACACACGUUUAUCACUGAAGAAUGUGAGUCUCUCAGCCCUCCCUUAAGAACUCAGAGAAGUUUUAUUUCUUAUAGGGCCAUCCCAGACUGCUGUGAAAAUCUCUCGUGUCAUGUGGAUGCAGCACAAAACAUAAAGGCAUUCUGCAAACAGCUUCAUUAAUAGAUGAUAAAUUAAUGUCUGGCUCCUCAUGGGGUGGCUCAGGGCUGGAUGCCUUUCCCAGCACAAGGGAAUAAUUUUUGGAUUGGUUUGGAUUUUCCUUUGCUGACGAUUAACAAUAAAGGGAAUAAUUUUGGGUUGGAUUCACGUGGAUUUUCCUUUGUUGAGGAUUAAUAAUAAAGGUUUAAUUUACCUAAAAUGUCUAUAGGUGGUCACACAAUUCUUUUGUGCCCACUUGAAUUCUCUGGAAAGGUGAAAAACAGUAAGAAAGAAUUGCAGAAGGAGAAUUUAAGGAGUUAAUCU